AUGGCCGUCCUCAAGCUUGCUUGCAUCUACUCUGCCCUCAUGGUUAUGGUCACGGAGGAUAAAAUCAAUGCCCUCAUUAAAGCAGCAGGUGCAAAUGUGGAACCAUUCUGGCCUGGAUUAUUUGCAAAGGCCCUGUCCAAUGUAAACAUUGCAAGCCUCAUCUGCAAUGUAGGAGUUGGUGGACCAGCCCCAGCUGCUGGUGGUGCUGCCCCUGCUGGAGGGGUUGCUCCUGCUGGCACAGCUGCCCCAGUUGAGGAGAAGAAGAAAGAGGAAACAAAAAAAGAAGAAUCCGAGGAGUCCGAUGAUGACAUGGGCUUUGUCUAUAAUCCAAAGGAGGAAUUGGAGGAAUUGACGCCGAUGCUCCCAGAGGACCAAGCCAACCGUUUCUCCCCAGGAACACUUCGCUUCCUUUCUUCUCCAGCUAGGACCGGACUCUAA